AUGCCGCCUCGGUUCAGCGAGAUCCUCGACUCGGAAGACGAAGAUGAUCUCGUUGCUGUAGAUGCUCCUCUCCAAGUGGCGACAGCUCGAAGCGGGGAAGACGCGCUGGGUGACAUGUGCAUGGUCGAUGUAGAUCAGUCGACUGCCAGCACCGAAGAGCUGCUGCGACGAGCCCAAGUCGCUCUGAUGGCCCCUACCCAAGAAGAUGCCCCCGUCGUCAACUUCUCUGACCUUGCCGCCACCUCAGUCGACACCUCGCCCUCGAGUACAAACAAGAAGCGUCCCUUGGUCGACACGCACCCCGAUCCUCGUUCGUCUGGGAAGCUCAAGCGCAUUAAGAUUGUUACAAAGCCCGACUCUCAAUAUCUUCCUGCCGACUUCGCCAAUCCGCCUCCCAUUCUCCCUUUCAAUGGCACCAACGACACCAUCCCCGGUCCUACCCUGCCAUCUGCAGCCGGUUAUGAUGUGCUCAACGAGAAGAGCACCCCCAAGCCUCGACAACGCAAUUCCUCUCAGAACCAGCAUUCUUCUUCCGAUCAGCUAAAUAGUCUUACCCCAUGGUCAGGCACUGCUGUUGCAAGCAGUGACAGAAUCAAUUCUGACGAUGCUAUCGGUCUGCCCAAGGAGAUGUACGUCCCGAGACCCAGCCGCUCGAGGUCUGCACAGGUCGACACAAGUCAUAUCGACUACAAUCUGACAGUCGAGAAAGCUGCANAAAAGUCCAGACCCAAGCGGUCCAUCACAGACACUGCCGACCAUGUCACCUCUGCACCAAUGUUCCCAGAACAUCCCAUUGAUCAGGCUCCCGAGUUUGAACGACUGUCGCCUACUCCUGAAGCUCCUCAUCAAACAGAUUCACCGCAUCUCGCAUCCACCGUCCNNCCGAGUCGACUCGGGCUCCCUCUUCGUCAGCCAAAUCGUCAAAGUCGACCAAGAAGACCGCAAAUACGAAACAGCCAGCUAAGCGAGGACGCCCCAAAAAGGNCUGUCGUUGAAGACGAGGAAGACGAGUUGGCUCAUGAGAAUGUUGCUUCGACCACAACAACCAAAACACCCGCAUCAGCUACCAAGACAGAGGUCCAGGUCGUCAUAGAGAGACCCGUAGAGAGACCUGUAGAGAAACCUGUAGAGAAACCCGAUCUGAACUUGGCAGCUAGGGUACUUGCAGAGCUUAGACAGCAAAGUCCAAGAGACGCGACUCCAAAAGAAUUGCGGAAAGGACCGCCAAGAGAAGACACAUCUGUGCCAUCGCCCCAAUCGAUUCUCGAACAGUCGAAGGCCGAACCUGACUUCGAAGCUGACGAGGAGUCAGAAGAUGAUAUUGUAAAGCCCAGAACCAACGCCAGGACUAAAGCUAAAACUAAGCCAAAGGCCAAGUCGAAGACACCUGAGCCAGUUCACAAGGAGGACGAUGACUCCGAGCACGAAGUCUAUGACGAAUACUCAGAAGAGGUCAUCAAGCCAAAACCGAAGACUAAGGCAAAAGCCAAGGCCAAAUCCAAAGCGAAGGGGAAAGCAGCAAAGGCUGUUGUUGUGCCAGAUCCACCUUCAGACCAUGAAGAAGAAAUCCAUGAGCCACCACCAGAUGAGGAUGACGAAUCAGAAGCCGACCACAUCUCCGAAGCCGAGGAAGACUCGGAAGAAGAAUCUCCAAGACCAAAUCCCAAGGCCAAAGCAAAGGCAAAACCCGAACCCAAGUCAAAAGCGAACGCCAAAUCCAAGACAGCGACUCCGAAACCUGCUGCUGCCACUCCCAAGCCGUCUCCUCCUGUUCCUGCAGUGGAAACACCAAAAUCUGCUCCUAUUGAAGUGUCCAUCCCGGCUGCAGUCGCGACGCCCAAGGUCGCCACCGCAAAGAAGGAUGCAAAGUCGUCGGCUAAACCCAGCUGGCAACAAUCGACGUAUCGUGUUGGACUGAGUAAGACACAGCGGAUUCCUUCUCUGCUCAAGAUUCUCAAGAAGUGA